UUUGUAUCAACAGGGGAAGAAAAUGAAACAACUGUCACAGAAAUUUCUCCUGCCACACCUGUGCAAGAUGCAAAGCAAACGUGGACCAACUGUCUCACGAAAGGCCUCAUCAAUUUAAGAGGCGAGUUGGAUGCAGAGUUUGCCUCAAAGAAGAAGACCCAUAAAGCUCUGUGGAAAGAAAUUGCAGCCAAAUUGAAGGAAGAGUAUGGGUUUACUGGUGACUGGCUUCAGUGCCAAUCAAAAUUCAACAAGCUUACUGCCAAGUAUAAGGCAGUAGAGGAUGCGAAUAAGAAGUCUGGUGAGAGACGGCGGUCCAUGGAGUUCUAUGAAGAAAUGAUGGAGGUUAUGGGUGAUGAUCCAAAAAUAACGCAAUUAAAAACAAUAUCUGUUGGUGUGGGUAAGGGGUUAAGUAUUAUUAGUGGUGACAAGGGGGAGAAAGUGGAGGGGCAUGAGAGAGUGAGUGUUAAAGUAGGGUGUGAGAAAGUGAAGAACGUGUCUAAGCGUAAGAGGGAGGAUGAGUUGAUAGAUUUGUUGACUGAGGUGAGGGAUGACAGGAGAAAGUUUCAGGAGGAGCAGAUGAGAGUGAAUGAAAGAAAGCUGGUGCUUAUGGAGAAAUUAGUGUCUUUGCUUGAAAAAUAAGUUUAUUGUGUUUUCUGAUAUCAUAGAUCAAAUAAGUAAAUACAUGACCCCAAGACCAUAAA